UAUGUUUCGACUUCACUCAUCACUAGCUCAAAUAAAAAAGUGAAUAAAGUAUUGCAGUUAAGACUUCAAGAUAUUGCGUUUCGCAGAAAUCGUAACUGAAUUCAAGACAACGCCAGUCCAGAUCAACAGGCCAGGGCCAAGCAUCUGCGCGACAUGGUCAAGAAACGCCAAACAGAUGCCCACGACGCUACAAGCUCGACGGAUUCCGGAGAGGAUGAUCGCCACCACUUGCACCAUCACCACCCCGGAGCCAGGAGUGCCGGACAAGCAGGCGCCUCCAUCGAUGGAUCCUCGCCGAGCUCCUCAUCGUGCCAGCACAUAAAGAGGGCAGUGGACGCCACCCGCUUGCGUCGCCAGCUGAAGACCACGGGCCUGGUCUAUGAGUGUUCACAAUGCCAGAAGCAGGGCCAGCAAAAGCAGUCGGCGGACGCGGAUUCCGACCCGAAGGCCGGCGAUAUCGAGUACGACAGCACGCUCUGGCUGUGCCUUAAGUGUGGCACUCAGCUUUGCGGCAGAUCCAGGAACAAGCAUGCCCUCGAGCAUCACCAGACACCCCGCUCCGAGUCCCAUGCGCUGGCUAUGAACACACGCUCCUUCGACAUCUGGUGCUAUGAAUGCGACAUGAAAAUCUGCUCCAAUCAGCGCAAGAACCUGCUGGAGUGCGUGGAGCUGGUGAAGCGAUUGGCGCAGAAGCCGCCAGCCUCGCCCAAUCCGCCCACCAUCAGCAACAUCGAGAUGAAGAUCAAGUCGACGGUGGAACAGCUCACGUCCAUGGCUCCGCUGGCGAUGGCGCCUGGAACGUCAGUGGGUACCUUCGAUGAGAGUAGUGCUGGAGCAGCGGGUGGCGGAACGCGAAGUAGCCAGGUGGCCAUACCAUUGCCACCACCGCCCCCCAAUGCAGCGCAGGCCUCCGCAGCGGGACCCAGCACCUUGACCAGUGUGCCGGGAAUGGCGAAAAGAAUAGGCCAGCCAAAUGGAGCAGCAGGUGGAGCGGCAGUAGGAAUCCGUGCGGUGGCAGGGGACACUCUUCGCAACGAUUUGGAUAGGUUGCCGAGAGUACGCGGGCUGACCAAUCUGGGCAACACAUGCUUCUUCAACGCGGUGAUGCAGUGUCUCGCCCAGACACCUUUCCUGCUCAGCGUAAUGAGGGAGCUGGCGGAGCCGGGGGAGGAGUUCGUAUUACCCGGCGGGACAUUCAACUUUAAAGACAAGGGAGACGUCGAGCUGCCCAUGAUCAAGGGCACACUAUCCUCCUGGGGCGGCCUUACCGCCGCACUGGCGAACGCCUUAGAAGAGCUCCAGGCUGGGGGCGGCGUCUUCACGCCCAGCAAACUCUUUGACAAGCUAUGCACGAAAUGUCCUCAGUUCACGGGCGGCGACCAGCACGAUGCCCACGAGCUGCUGCGCCAGCUGCUGGAGAGUGUGCGCAACGAGGAUCUAAAGCGCUACCAGCGGGUUAUUCUGCAAAACCUCGGCUACAAGGACCAGGAGAUCAGCAGCGUGUCGGAGGAGAUGCGACAGAAGUGCAAGAUCUAUGGUAACCAGGCCGGCGAGCGUAUUCUGCGCCCGGAUCAGGUAUUCCGCGGCUUUCUCGUCUCAACGCUCACCUGCCAGGACUGCCACAGUGUGUCCUCGCGGCACGAGUACUUCCUGGACAUGUCGUUGCCAGUGGCAGUGGAGAAGCCGCAGCCACCGCAGCGCCGGAAGCCCAGUCCGGAGCACCCGCUGAUCAGCCAACCUAUCGCCCAGCCGGCGAUCAACACCAAGUUCACUGCCGGAGAGAGCGGUGUCAGCUUCACGGCUUCUCCAUCGUCAUCAUUCUACCUGCACUCCGAUCAGACUGAGACCGCCACCCUCGGGCCCUCCAAGACACAAGUGAAGAAGGAGAAGGAGCGGGAGCGCAAGGCGAAGCGGGCCGCCAAGCACCAGCGCCACAAACAGGCCCAGAAGCUGAGCCUCAAGCUCAACGGCAGCGACCUGGCGGACUCCGCUUCAGACGCUCCACAGCUGGUCUCUUUGGGGGCGGGCGAUGGCCAGGGGAGAAUCGAGGGCGGUGAGCAGCCCAAGGAACAGGGCGAUGACACCACGUCGUCCAGUGUUACAACCUCAGAACACUCGGACGCCGAUGUGGAGGACAACCUAGUGGAAGACUCUGCACCCGUUUCCGCCUCAGCAAACACAGCCUCUAGUUCCGCCUCCACGUCGUCGGGGGGCGCGACUGGCAGCAAGUUCUACACGGAUAGCAAUGGAAAUGCGCAGCCAGUGGGCGAGAAGCGGGAUGACACUCCCGAGCACAUGGACAAAGACUCGUUGGAGGAGGACGAGAAUGACUCUGGCAUUGCUACCAGUCCAGCUCCCACGGCAACCAGCAGCAGCAGCACCGUCAUAGCCGGAGACUCGUUGACAAACAACUCGGGAGCCUCUUCCGGCACCUUGGAGGACACUUCUGCGCCGGCGAGCCUGGUCAGCGCUGGGCUCUCCGAGAAGGGUGCCUCCCUGAUACGUCAGUUCUCGAACGGAGGAACACCUCUGGAGUCCGACACCCAAGUAAGCGUCGAGCUGGAGAAACUGAACCUAGAGGGACUCGACAAAGCUCAGAACCAGGAUGAGAACCAAAGCCAGGCCCAAAAGGUGUCCGACCAACUCCUGGCCCAGGCCCAAGCUCAGGCCCAGGCCAGCGCCAGGGCGAAGCGAGUGCGCACCCAAAGCUACUCGGACUGGAGCACCACCAUCGCACCGCGCUACCAAUGCGAGGAUGGGGAGUGCUCCGUGCAGUCGUGCCUGAAUAACUUCACCGCCGUGGAGCUGAUGACCGGCCAGAACAAGGUGGGCUGCGACAGCUGCACCCUGAGAAUCAACGGAAGCGAUCCUAAAGCCAAGUCGGUGAACACGAAUGCCACCAAGCAGCUGCUGGUCUCCAGUCCGCCGGCGGUGCUCAUCCUGCACCUCAAGCGCUUCCAGCUGGGUCCGCGCUGCAUCUUCCGCAAGCUCACACGUCCAGUAAGCUAUCCGAACCUGCUGGACAUCGCGGCGUUUUGUGGGUCAAAGGUGAAGAAUCUGCCGAACAUCGACCGCAAGCAAAAGAAGCUGCUGUAUGCCUUGUACGGGGUGGUGGAACACUCGGGCGGCAUGUACGGAGGCCACUACACGGCCUACGUGAAGGUGCGCCCCAAGGUGACCCCGGACGACAAGCGCUGGAAGUUCCUGCCCCACGGUAGCAAGGCGGAACUGGACCAAGACGACGAUCAGCUGAAGAAGCUGGAAGAACUCCUGGCCAAGGAGAAGGCGCGCGAGUUGCACCUCAAUGCCAUGGAUGACAGCGACGAUUUUAGCAACUCUAGCAGCAAUUCCUCGACGUCAGACGAGGGCAAUGCCCCGCCAACGCCUACGGAGGAGCAACAGCAGCAGGCAGCGUCACCGGGGGAGGAAGCAGCCCAUGUUCAGGCGCCACCCGGGAAGUGGUACUAUGUCUCAGAUUCGCGGGUCCAGGAGGUGAGCGAGGACUCGGCGCUGAAGGCGCAGGCCUACCUGCUCUUCUACGAGCGGAUAUACUAAGUGGA